AUGGCCGAGGGCACUCGCUUGAAAACUCUUGAAGAACAGAUACGUAAGCAAGAGACUCGGUUGCAGGGAUUCAUCGAUUCCACGCAAGAGGCGUUAAAGAUUAUGGAGGAUAAAUUGGAGUCGCAUUCUGCAAAAAUGGAGUCCAACUCCACGGAGAUCAGAAGUUGCAUGGCGGCUAUUAUGGCUCAGCUCAACCAGAUGAAGUCCAGCCAUAAUGACCGUGGCAUCCUCGCAACACCUACAGGGUCUGCCGAACGAGGUUUGACCUCUGGUGGUGGAAAGCGAGGGGAAGGCGAGUUGGGGCAGGGGGAGAGGCUCGACAGAAGUCCUUUCUUUCCAGGGACUCCAAGGCUGGAGUUUCCUCAUUUUGAAGGACGGAACCCGAGGGAGUGGGUUAGGAAGGCGGAAAAUUUUUUUCUGGUCUACCAAAUACCUGCGAGCCAGAUGAUGAACAUAGCUGAGCUCCACUUGGUGGGGAAAGCAGAUGUUUGGUUUCAGAGUUUCAAAAUAGGGCGGCGGACGAUACAGUGGGAGGAUUUCAGUGAGGAGUUGUGUCGAAGAUUUGGUGAGCUUGGGGGACCAGAUGUAGUGGCGGAGUUCAACAAAUUGCAGCUGACCUCUACCGUCAUUGAUUACCAGGAAAAAUUUGAGGAGCUAAGGGCGUUGGUUUUGGCCAAAAAUCCAGGUUUGAGCGAGCCUUAUUUUAUUUCAAGUUUCCUGAGUGGAUUACCCGAGGAAAUCAGGACAAUGGUCAAGGUCCAUAAGCCCGCCACCCUACAAGAGGCAUUUGAAGUCUCCAGGAGUCAGGAAAUCGCGAUGGAAGCUCUGGUCAGGAAGUACAAGUCCAUGACUAGGGGCGGUGCAUCAUCCGUACCAUCCACGGGAGGAGGAGGACAGAAGCAAGUAGGUCUUCCAUACACAGGAGAACAGCUAGCUAAGAAAGCCUAUCCUACCAACUCAAAUAGCUCAAAUACCAGUUCCACAUUCAAGAAGAUAUCCCCCAACGAGUUCCAAUAUAGGAGAGAACACAAUCUUUGUUUCAAAUGUGGAGACAAGUUUGGCCCCGGCCACACUUGCAGGAACAAGGGAAUACACAUGAUCGUGACAGAGGAGAUGGAGGUUGAUUCGGGCGAGAGCGAAGAGGAAGAGAUCAUUCAGUAUAGUGGGAAGAAAGAGGAGCGCAACAUGCAUACUUCUGGAAAAAAGCCAGACUCUGACAUAGAAUUCACCAUUCACAGCCUGUCUAACGACAUGCUGACUAGUGGCACUAUCAAAUUGCAAGGGGAGAGCCGAGGAUGUCGAAUAAAUAUAUUACUGGAUGGGGGAAGCACACACUGUUUCAUCAAGAGAGCCACUGCAGCAAAAUUUUUGGGGGAUGUUCAGGCUCACAGACCUUUCAAAGUCACCAUUGCUGAUGGAAAGGAACUCAUCUGUACUAGUUGGAUCCCGGACUGGAGGUGGACUAUACAAGGCUAUUCUUUCACUCAUGCUGCGUUCAUUCUAGACCUGGAGCCAUAUGAUCUCAUUCUAGGCGUGGACUGGAUGAAGAAGUAUAGCCCCCUCACUUUUGACUUCAAGGAGCUCAAUCUCUCCUUUGACUAUGAGGGGGAACGGGUAGUGCUACAAGGAAACAGCCGAGAUGAUGCAGUCACCUUGAGUAGGGGAGAUUCCGGACCUGUUGGGAUUAGGAACAGAAGGAAGAGGAUGCUUAAACAAUUCGACAGCAUCAGCUCCCACUCCACUCAGGUAACUACAUUACAAACUUCUAUUGACCAACUACUUGUUGACUAUAGUGAUGUAUUUGGAGAGCCUAAACAGUUGCCCCCUUCUAGAGCAUAUGAUCACCAAAUACCCCUCAAACCUGAUGCCAAGCCUUUUAAAAUACCACCCUACAGAUACCCUCACGCAUAG